AUGACUGCCAAAGACGUCGAAGUCGGCUCUCAAGUCACAGCAAGUGAUCAGUCACCAACCCCCGAGACGGCCCCCGACAAGCCCACUGGCUGGACGGUGACGGCAGGCGCCUUCAGCUGCGUGUUUUGCAGCUUUGGUUGGAUCAACUGCAUCGGCAUCUUUCAGGACUACUACCAGGCCUAUCAGCUGCGAUCCUACUCAUCCAGCACAAUCUCUUGGAUCGCCUCCCUUGAACUCUUCAUAAUCUCAAUCAAGGGCCCAAUCGUCGGCCGCUUCUACGAUAAAUACGGUCCCCGCUGCAUCGUCCUCACUGGCACUUUCUUCCACGUCUUCGGCCUCAUGAUGACCUCCCUUGCUAAAGAAUACUACCAGAUCAUCCUCGCGCAGGGUAUCUGCUCCGCCAUCGGAACAAGCUGUCUCUUCUCACCCGCAACAAACUGCGUUAUCACCUGGUUUUACAAGAAACGCGCUCUUGCAAUCGGUAUUGUCGCCGGCGGCUCGAGCCUCGGGGGCGUCAUCUUCCCGAUCAUGCUAAACCAUCUUGUCCGUGAAGUCGGGUUUCCUUGGGCAAUUCGGAUCUGCGCGUUCGUGAUUCUCGGGAUGCUGAUUUUUGGGAACUUAACCCUGGCUUCACGACUACCGCCCAACCCCAAGGAGCUCACCCUGCUGCAGUACUUUGCUCCACUCAAGGAAAAGACCUAUAUGUUGACAACAGUUGGGUCGUUUUUGUUCUAUCUGGGGAUGUUCUUACCCAUCAACUACAUCCAGUACCAAGCGGUAACAUACGGCAUGUCCGAUAGUCUAGCCGAAUAUCUCGUCCCUAUCCUCAACGCAGCAAGUCUCUUCGGCCGAAUCAUCGCGGGCUGGAUAGGCGAUAAGGUCGGGCGAUACAACACCCAGAUCGUAACCUGUCUGUUUUCUGGUAUCAUCGCCCUCGCGCUCUGGAUCCCGGCCAAUCAGGGCGCGCCGCUCAUUGUCUUCUCGGCACUGUACGGGUUCGGAUCGGGAGCAUUCGUCUCAUUGCUACCUGCGAUGAUAGCCCAGAUCUCGGAUGUUCGGGAAAUUGGCCUGAGGGUAGGGAUGGAGUUCGCAAUCAUGUCUAUUGCGGCGCAGGUGAGCAAUCCUAUUGGGGGCGCCCUGAUCGAUCACAAUCACGGCUCGUUUCGCGACUUGCAGAUAUUUUGCGGGGUUGUGUUGCUUGCAGGAGUGUUGGAUUCGUCAUGGCGAGGUUGUCGUUAG